AUGGAUCGAAUAGUGUGGGACCCGAAUCAAUCUGUUACAAAGCAGAAAUUACUUCUUGAUCUUCAAGAUGAACAGAUGCUUUUUGAAAUAUUGGAUAACAAAGAUGGAGAUGAUCUUCAGCUUCAUGUUGGAGCCAUGAUCACAACUCGUAAAGAUAUAGCCUAUUUUCAUAGACCAAAAGCUUUAUGGUAUACUCAUGAAAAUGUGGUGGUACUUAAAGAACAAGGAAAGCUGCUUACAAAAGGGUCAAUGAAAAUUGUAUUGAAAAGCUUAGGAGGGAAAGGGAGCAAGCUUCAUAUCUCGUUAAGACGCAUUGACCGGAUUUACGUUGUUGGUCAACAGGAGCCUCACAUAGAGGUGAUGUCCCCUGUAUCAAAAGGUGUUCAGAUGUAUAAUAUGAAUAGGCUUCUGGUGUUUAUAUAUCGUGAGUUUCGCACUCUUCAAAAACGUGGCUUGACACCUGCCAUUUGUGCCAAUGAAUUAUCUGCACAGUUUGCAAAUGUAGCUGAAGUUUCUUUAAGGAAGAGGUUGAAGUUAUUCUGUGAUUUUCAGGGGAUCUUGAGAACCUUCUAG